AAGUACAAGUGCUUCUAACUAUAAGAUGGUUUGGUUAAGGCUCACUGUGAUUUUUCGUCUUUCUACUUUACAGUACUCUCUGGUUUUGUGUAUUCUGUACUUAACUCACAGUGUUCCACCCUCUCUCAAACUACUAAAUUUUGCAACUUUUUCUCAUCUUUGAUCGUUGUUGGUGAAAUGGUGGGCCAAAAUUGUGGUGGUUGCCGAUCUUGGGAAGAGGACAUUUACUGGUCCCACUUUCAGUUCCUCCACUUCGUCCAAUUUCUCCGUGCCGAUUAUGAUCAACACCUUGCACUUCCGAAAGCAUUUUCAGAUAAUUUAAAGAAGAAGUUGCCGGAAAAUGUGACCCUUAAGGGUCCUGGUGGUGUUGUGUGGAAUAUAGGGAUGACUACUAGAGAUGAUACCUUGUACUUUGCGCAUGGUUGGGAACAAUUUGUGAAAGACCACUGUUUGAAAGAGAAUGAUUUCCUGGUCUUUAAGUACAAUGGUGAAUCUCAGUUUGAUGUUUUAAUAUUCAAUGGAGGGAGCUUGUGUGAGAAGGCAGGUUCUUAUUUUGUUCGAAAAUGUGGUCACACUGGAAUUGAACAUGCGGGUGGAAGUCUCAACAAGAAAAGGGACACGGAUAAUAAUUCUUUGGAAGAAGGCAAUAUCCCUCCUUCAAAUGCUGGUGUGGAAUGUGCUUUGCAUGAGAAAUCUGUGCAUGCUAAUGGUACAAAGGAGCCAAUAGAUGUACCUCCUGAAACUCCUCCUACUGAAAAGACUUUCAAUGCUGGUGUUGAAUCUUCUGGUGUGGAGCAAUUUACACCUGAUGGAGGAGUCACUCUGGUAGCUGUUCCCUCUGAAACUGCUAAUGGGAAAAGGAUCAGGAACAUUGUUUCUGCUGUUAAGCAUGUCCAGACCAAGCGGAGGGGAAGACCAGCUAAAGUGCAUGUUCGUGAGAGAACACUUGACUGGGUGGCUGCACUAGAAGCUUCUGAACCAAUUUCUACGUCUAGAAGUGGAACAUAUGAGGUAUACAAAUCAAAUAGAAGGCCUGUCACAGAUGAUGAGACUAAAAUGAUCGAGUCAUUGGCCAAGGCAGCAUGCACCGAAGACAGUAUAUACGUAGUCAUGAAACCCUCGCAUGUUUACAAGAGAUUCUUCGUGUCAAUGAGAGGUACAUGGAUAGGAAAACACAUCUCUCCAUCAUCUCAAGAUGUGAUUUUGCGCAUGGGUAAGGGUGAAUGGAUUGCCAGAUACAGCUACAAUAAUAUUCGUAACAAUGGAGGACUUACUGGUGGGUGGAAACAUUUUUCUUUGGAUAAUAACCUUGAAGAGGGUGAUGCCUGUGUGUUUAAACCAGCUGGCCAAAUGAACAACACUUUUGUCAUUGAUAUGAGCAUUUUCAGAGUUGUUCCGGAGACUGUUCCUCUCACUCCAAUGUCUCGUGGAACUGGAAGAAGGGGUAGGAAGCAAGCAACAAUGAAGUCUAUUCAGACACAACUUAGUCCACCAUGAUUGAGGGCCAUGUCUGUGUCGGAAUGUGAGUUGAUAGUUGUUUUAGGACCAAGCUGGAGUUGUGUAUAGUCUGGAUGUUAUGUUGAGUUGUUUAGCCUUUGAGUCUUCUAAGUGGGUAAUUUGACAUGUGUACUUUUUAUUGGUGCUGUUAGACCUUUAAGGUUUAAAAAUGAACUAAUUAGCUAUUUGCAGAGUUCUAAAAUGUUGAGUUUCAGCAUAAACAAAUCUAGGAAAGAUGGAAUUUUAAUCCAUGGUUUAAUGAAAUUUAAUCAA